CAUGCCAUAGUGUUCUAAUCUUCCUCACUUUCGGUAUGGUCAAACUCUAGCAUCCUAAAAUGUCGACUCCAAAACCAAUUUUCAAUGCUGAGACGUUGGCUUUGACGAAUAAGAAGAUUGCCGAGUUGAAAAAGAAGGUCACAUUGGCUGAGGGUCAAAAGAAGGCUUACACCGAGGAAUGGACGGAUGCCAAAAAAGUCCAGAACGACCGAGUGGCCGACCUGAAGAAGGAGGUAAGAGAUUUAACCAACAAACUAUCGUACCUGCACAAUCCGAACAGCGUCAAGGCACAGAAGAAUGUACCGGAAAUCAAGCGUCGACCGCAGCUUCCGCCCGGAGCGAAAACCGUUCACGAAGCCGUCCAAAUUCUGGAUUUGAAGAUUAUCGACGUCAACAAACAGGCCGACGCGAUGGAAGCGAAACACAAGAAACGCGAGCAGCACUACAAAAAGCUGAUCGAUCAGUACCACGCGUUGCUGGCGUACAAAAAUGCCAAAACCGAUGGAUCGAAUCCUCCCGAAACGGUCGAGGAAGAUGCCAACCGGAAGCUCAUAACGCACCUGGAGAACGAAAUUCAUAGAACGUCGGUUCAGUGGAUGGAGGCGGAACACAUCCGAAAAAAGUACCGCGGAAUUAAAUCCUCCUUGAUGAGAGAUGCGGAAAAAUUCGAAAGUUCUCUGCUGGAUCUGGAAGUUGCCAUUACGGAACAGCAGGCGGAGAUCACCAAACUGGAGGCGGUUCACAAAGAGGCAAUGCAGAUGAGGGACAGCACCAAGGCGAUCCUUCAGCGACAGGAACAAACGACGGUUUACGCCAAUAAAGCCAGAGAAAAACAGGCUCAGGACUUCCGACGUCAGGUCGAGGAACGAAAGCUGGAACUGGAACGGUUGGAGCGGAAGAUUUUCUCCACCGGCAAAACGUUGAUUCACCAGGAAAGUAUUCUGUCCGCCACCGGAGAUCAUUCCGCUGGCAGGGCCGAAGGUGACGAUUCCAGUGGUCACGACAAAGAUUCCGCAACGGAUAUGGAACAUAAGUUUAAAAAAUUGAUGCAGGCCAUCGGGGUCAGUGCCGCUAGCGAAGUUGUCGAUCGUUUUCUGGCCCAGCGGGAAGCGUCAGCUCGUCUGACGUACCUUCGCACGAUUACCGAGAACGAAAAGAAACAAUUGGAAGCCCAACGGGAACUAAUGACGGCCCAGUUGGAUGCGUUCAAGUUCGCCGAUGUCAAGGACAGUGACGUCAAUCAAGAAGAACUGGAAAAGAUUCGAAACUCGAUCGAAGAACAGAAGGUCCGCCGGGGAGGAUGUGAAAAGGCUAUUGACUACACUCGGAACGUGUUCAACACGAUUAAGGACGCACUGGUGGAACUUCUGAUAACGCUGCGGGAAAUCGACGAUAAUUUGGGAACCGAAUAUAUGCGAUGGACUCCAACGAAACAGGCUGAUUUGAUGGACCUCUCGCCGGACAGUGUUUCGAUUGAUGAUUUGGGAAAUAUGUUGGAGGAAAAAAUAAAACUCGGAAUGAUAGCCAGUGGGCAGCUAGCCAACGAAGAGGAUAGCGGAUUGUCCGAGGAGGAAAGUGAAGCCCCGAGACCACCGAGUGCACUGCAGGUGCCGGCUUCGAGUCCUUCGGUUGGAACCUCUUCGGUGCAGGAUGAUCGGGAAAAACCAGCCGCUUAUCCACCGGUCUACGUCAGUUUGAUUGCCGGCCGGACAACGGCGCAAAUUUCUUCGGCUUCACCGGGACCGGGAGCUACCGUCGUUCUCUCGGAUGACGAAGCAGAAGUUCCAUCCCGGAGCUAUCUGAAGCGACAGGCAAACAUGAUCAUCGAGGCGAAAUCACGCCGGAAGGGUUUCCGAAUGCCACCGCCGAAGCGGCGCUAAGUGCUCGUGCGGGGUCGGUAAUGUCAAGCGAUACUUCUUGUAUUAACUUGAUUUCACCCUGUGAAAAUAAAUUUUUGAAUUUUGUAUUCGGAAUUCAGGAUAAAAUUGUGAAUGGCAUGCGA